GUUUGUUUGUAUCGUGCGAUUUAUUUUGAUAAUAAAUAUGAACUUAAAUAAUUAACAGUAUCACGUUUAGUCUAGCUUAACAUCCUCAUUUAUUCACUUAAUUGUGAAUUAUGACGCCGAAUAAUUUGCAGUCUUGUAGAAUUUGUUUAAUUGAAAAUUGUGUGGGUGGAAAAUCAUUUGAUGAAGAUGUUAAUUUAUUGCAAUUGUUUGAAUUUUGUAGUGGUCUUACUAUUGGAAGAAGUUCUCCCAGAUUAUUGUGUGAAAUGUGUUUAGAGGAAUUACAAAGGUUUGCAAAAUUCAAGAGGAAAUGUGCAGAAUCUGAAUUGUUUUGGGAAUCUCUAAGAAACUGUGAUACAGUAAAAAAUGAAGAUCAAAAUGAUAGGAUUAAAACAGAAGAGAAUUUAUUUGAAGAAUGUGAUUUGAAAAUAGAAUCUGUUCUUUAUGAGCCAUGUGAUAAUGGAAAUGAUUUGGAUACAGAUAAUAAAUUCACUGAGCGUAUUACAGAUUAUAAUCAGUCAAAAGUUGCUAUAGUUAAAAAUAAAUUUAGUAAAAAACGUUUGGGCAAAUUAAAAAUCAAUAAGAAAACUUUAUUAAAAACAGUGCCGUUAAAGGAACAAGAAAGAAAUACGUCCUGUGGUUUAUGUGAUAUUUCAUGUUCAAAUUCUAAAGAUUUAAAUUCUCAUUUAAACGAACACAUGGUUGAAGGUAAUUUAAAAUGUCAAAUAUGUGAUUAUUUAGGACAGGACUUUGCUGAUCUGGCAACACAUAGGUACAAACACGAGCCGAGCAAAGUAUUUUCUUGUUUCCUUUGUAAAGUGAGGAAAGGGAGCAUUCUCUCUCUAGAGUUCCAUUUUAGGCACACACAUUUAAAUAAGGCUGGAGGGUGGUGCAGGGAGUGUGGGAGGUCCUUUGAGAUUUUUAUCACUUGGCGACGACAUAUGCUAGCACAUAAACCAAUUAAGACACUGUUAGUGUGUGAUUAUUGUGGAAAAAGGUUCUUGUAUAAAUACCAAAUAGAAGAGCACAUAAUACACCAUUUACGGAAAAGUCAAUAUGUUUGUGAAACUUGCGGAAAAGGUUUUCGAAAGAAGUUUAAUUUAAAGAGCCACCAAAAUAAUAUACACCGUUCAAGCGUCCCCGUAAAAUGUGGCCACUGUGAUAAAACAUACAAGAACCAAGAGAGCUUGGAUGUCCACAUGAAAGAAGUGACAAGGGACAAACCGUACAUUUGCGAAAUAUGCUCCAAGCGUUUCAGUCUACCCUCAACAAGGAAUACAGUAAACGCGUUGGCACCUAAUUAUAUUUCAACUUUUACCCUUGAAAGAUUGGGUAUAAUAUCAUAUAUGGAGAAUCAAGAGAAGGAAGACUAG